UACCGGAGCCUCGGCGGGAACCCCGGGAGCGGGCGGGCACCCGGGAGCCCAGUUCUACUUCUUCUCUACUUCUUCCCCGCUGCAAGUCUGAGGAGGGAAGGAGUAGAACUUCCCCCUUCCCUCCCCUAGGCUUCGGCGGCUGAGUGACGCCAGGAUUCCUGGCCAGGACCCGCGGCGGCCGCGCAACUGGCCGAGCGAGCGGAGGACUGGCCGAGCGAGCGGAGGAGGCGGCGGCGCGCCCAGCAUGGCCGGAGCCACUCUCUUAGCUUGGCCGCUGCUGCUGCUGUCCCCGCUGUCGCUGUUCUGGGCGUCCUCGGGAGCCGCGGUCUUGCCAUCAAGAGAAGGAGAAGGAAACUCACUUGCCCAGAGCGGUCUUGCCUCAUGGAGGGAGAAAAACCAAAGAAAAGAGAUGAGGAGACUGAGGCUCAGAGGAGUGAAACCAGCAGCACAAAGGCCACAGCUAGGAUCAAGACAAUCGGAGUGCUGGCCCCAGCCCAGGUGCGCGGCUUUCUGGGCGACACCACGGAGCUGCCGUGCAAACUGCAGCCGCUGGAGCACAAUGUGACGGUGACGCAGGUGACCUGGACUCGGCAGAAGCUGGCGGAGGCCGCCCGCAGCGUGGCGGUCUUCCACCCCACCCAGGGCCCCAGCUUCCCGGAGCCCGGCCGGUUGGAGUUCGUGGCCGCCAGGCCAGGCGAGGAGCUGCGAGACGCAUCGCUGGCCGUGCGGGGGUUGCGCGCCGAAGAUGAAGGCAAUUACACCUGCCAGUUCGCCACGUUCCCCAACGGCGACAGGAGCGCCCGAACCUGGCUCCGGGUGCUCGCCCAGCCCCAGAACAAGGCUGAGACCCAGGAGAUCCCGCUCAGCCAGCUCAGCCUGGAGCCUGUGCCCGUGGCCCACUGCAUCUCCAGGGGGGGUCGCCCGCCCGCCCGCAUCUCCUGGUCCCCGCCCCUGGACAAGAUGGCGAAUACAAGCCAGGAGCCAGGGCCCCUGCCCGGCACUGUCACCGUCAUCAGUCUCUUAACCUUGAUGCCCUCCAGCCAUGUGGAUGGCAAGAAUGUCACUUGCAGAGUGGAGCACGAGAGCUUCGAGGAGCCGGUGGCGCUGCCCAUGACCCUCACCGUGCCCUACCCCCCCGAGGUCUCCAUAUCUGGCUAUGAUGGCAACUGGUACGUCGGCCGUAGCGAGGCCUCCCUGAACUGUGACGUCCGCAGCAAACCGGAGCCCACAGGUUAUAACUGGAACACGACCAUGGGACCCUUGCCACCCUCUGCUGUGGCCCAGGGCGCCCGGCUCCUGAUCCAUACCGUGGACGAGUCCAUCAACACGACUUUCAUCUGCCUUGUCACCAACGCCCUAGGGACUGGCCAGGCAGAAGUGACCGUCCUGGUCACAGGACUUCCCAGAGAGCCGUCACAUUCGGGCUUGUCCUCUAAGAUCAUUAUCAUCCUGACUUUCACUAUCAUGACGGUUGGUCUACUCCUGGGGCUCCUGAUUUAUUUCUGGAAAUCCAGAAACUCCUGUUGGAACCAGCACAGUUCGUCUGCUAAUGGGAAUGUCAUCUAUUCAGCUGUUGGCUGCAAUGCCAGCUCUCCCCGGGAUCCACCGACAGAGGGCACCAGGUGACAGCAUCGGGAAUGAACAGAGAGAGUCGUCACUGGGGCUGGUGAGGAAGCGGGCCUCGCAGCUGGACAGCCACCCCACCUCAAUGGAUGACGUCUCCCUCCAAAGAGACUGGCCACCCUUCCCUUGCCAGACCUCAAGAAUGUCCCCUCUGCCUCACAACACAGUGGGCGGGUGCAAGCUCAGGGGUCCUCAAGACCAACCCUCAGGUUGAGUCAUUCACCAUAAGGAGUCACAGAACUCAGGAAAGCUGUUUACACACGGUUACGGUUUACUACACUGCAAGUGGGACAGACAGAACUGUCUGUUGGAGAAAAUACCUUAGGGAGAUAGAGACCCUGGGCCAGAAUGCAGGGCAUGAGCCACUCUGCAAGAGAAAGUGAGAAGGAUCUGGGCUUCUCUCUAGGCAGAUGGGAGAAUGCAGAACAGAGAAGGACGGGAAAGAGAUGCGACCCAGCAGCACGGGAGUGGUAAGGGGGUGACAAGGCCAGUGGGGCUCCACAGUGUCAGGGACACAAAGGGAGAUCAGUUGCCUUGCUGCCACAUAAACCCCUUGUCCGUCCCCAGCCCCCAAACACCUCAUUAAAGUUUAUUUAUUACACCUCGA